AUGAAUUUAUAUAAUGUCGACGAUGAAAAGUUAACUAACCUUAAUAUAACAUCUCAUGUAAUAAUGAAUAUUGAGUAUUUCUGGACUGAUGAAAGAGUCAGAAGACUUUGCUAAGCCAUCUAAAACUUGGAUGAUAUUUAAAUCAAUUUAGACUUGUUUUAGUAAAAUAUAUAAUAAUGUCAAGGCCAAGAUCUUGCACUUUAAUUACUGAUUAAUGUUUCUAAUAUUUCGGCAAUUUAGCACCUACAAACUUAUUGGAACUCUCCUUAAGUAAUUGGGGAAAUCAAAAUUAUAACAUCUCUGACGUUGCUUUCAUUCAUUUGGGAAAGGCCUUUACAAAUCUAAAGAUCCUCAGGUUAAAUCUUCAAUAGUGGGGACACAAGGGUUGCAAGAUAUCAAACAUUGGGGUAGUCUAAUUAUUUAAGAGCCUUCCACAAUAAAUUUAGGAAUUGGAGCUAAAUCUUAACAAGUAUGAUUGACAAGAUUUCAAGAUUAGGAUAUAGAAAUCAAAACAUUACAGGACAUUCAUUUGUGGCUAUGGGUGAUUUCAUAGAAAAGUUGGAGAAUUUAAAAAAUUUAACUUUGAAUUUGGCAGAUUGGGGAAAUGAUUAUAAUAAAUCAUUAGAAUUAUUUUAUAAUGAAGAUCUCUAGUACUUGAUUGAAAAGAUAUUCACUUUGGAAUUAGAAAAACUUCACUUGGACUUAACCGGUCUUGGAAUGAAUGGUAGUAAAAUUACUGAGGAAAGUGCAUUCUUCCUCCUACAACAUUUAUAAUUAGCAGAGAUAUAUGACUUAAAUAUAGUAUUACAAGGUUGGAUAUGCGAUGUGGGUGUGAAAAAUUAGAUUUUGAAGAUGGCAAAGGAGAAAUAAUAGUUGAAAAAAUAAAUGUACUAAUUACUAGCAUUCAAAUCUUUGGAGGUUUCAACUUAGGAUAGAAUGCUUGAGGAUAUAUUUGCAAAAUUAUGA